GUCGACAGCGGUCACACUAGCACACCUACUUCUGACGAAGACUAUCCAAACCAAAACAGAAAAGGAUAUCUCCAACCGCAACCAUUAAAUAUGGAUCUGCAGCAGCUGGAGGAGCAGGCGCGCCAGGCGGCCCUGAAAGACAUACAAAACAUGCUGCAGCGACCUGGUCAGCUGGAGAAGGUGGAACAGUACCGCCACCGCAUAGCCCGCAAGAAGGCUUCCGUGGAGGCGCUUCUCAAGACCGGAAUGCAAGGCCAACUAGACGGAGUAAGAGUGGGCCUCAAGCAGCUGGAGACCUGCAUGCAGGACGUGCGCGAGGUGAGACGCCGGAUGGUCGAGGUGGAACGCCUGUUGAGGGGCGUCCCCGAAAUCUACGAUGCAUUGGAAGUCGUUCGGGAAGAGAAUACUAAGCACUCGCAGUAUGCUACUGCCAUGGAGAACUUGAAGCACAUCUUCAACGUGGACGCCAGCGUCCAAAAGACAAUGGCACUUAUCGAGGACGAUAAGCUGCUCAAUGCCCAUCAGUGUCUGGCGGAUCUGGAGAACUCCCGGGACGAUCUACUCUACGAGUUACACAAACAGCCUAAGCAGCACGCCUCCGACAAAAUCACAUUGAAGCGCCACUUCGAGAAGGUGGACACCGUGUCACAAGAACUCGAGAAGAAGCUGCGUCUGAUCCUCAGCCGCACGCUGAACACUUUACGCAAAAAACCUACUAUCAUUGUGACUGCCCUUCGCAUCAUUGAGCGCGAAGAGAAGAACGACCAGUUCGCCCUGCAGCAGCAAAAGGUUACCGGAUUUCUUCCGCCUGGCAGGCCUAAGGCCUGGCGGCGCAUGAUCAUGAACGUGCUUCAGCAGUCGGUGGUCACGCGCAUUGAGGGCUCCAAACUAGAAGAGCGGGCGGACAACAAAAUGUGGCUGGUUCGAGAUUUAGAGAUUCUUCGCCAAAUCAUCCUUGAGGACCUUCGUGUGGUUAAAUCGCUAUGCGUGCCCUGCUUCCCACCGCACUACGACAUAUUUGGGGAGUACGUCAAGUUCUACCACGAAGGAUUGUCCAGCUAUCUGGACACCAUUGUACGGUCUGGUCUGGAGGGUAAUGAAUAUGUAUCAAUGAUGGCCUGGGUUACUCACACGUAUCCCGGCGUUGAGCUAAUGUCCCACCCUGAUCUUAACGUGGAUGUGCAUCGACAAAUCGGACCAUUGCUGCGACCGGAACAUCUAAAGGCGCUUGAGGAUGAGUAUCUGCAGAACAUGCAGCGCAACUUCCAGGAAUGGAUGACCAAGGCCGCAGAGACGGAGAAGCAGGAGUGGUUUACCGAGACGGUGCCCGAUCAGGACGAACCGUUCUAUCAAACAUCGGCACCAUUUAUCAUAUUCGAUAUGAUCAAUCAGCAUCUGCAGGUUACCAACACAAUUCAUCAGGAGCUUACGUUCAAGGCUCUGGUUAUGAGCAUACAGCAGGUGGAAAUCUUCGGACAAACUUAUUUGAAGAACGUGAUUGAACUGAAGGAGCACCAUUUCCGCAAUCGGGACCAGAUUAAGUACUUCACUCAUUACAUUAUCACCAUUGUAAACAACAGUCAGCAGAUGGUGGAGCUGGCACAACAAAUGAAGCAGCUGUACUGGCCCAAGUCGCGUACGGAGCACUAUGAAGACUUUGAGCGUCUGCUGGCUACAUUCCAGCGCAUCCGUGCUCACGCCGCCAGCUACUUAUUGGAGGAGGCCUUCUUGGACAUGGAGUGUCACUUCAACGAUCUCUUCACCGCCAAGUGGCUGGCCAGCAACAUUGCCGUGGACACAAUCUGCGUGACGCUAGACGAUUACUUUCAGGACUACAACCACCUACGACCGAAUAACUUUGAAAUGGUCAUUAACGAGGCCCAGAAGCUGCUGGCCAAGCGCUAUAUACGCGCCCUGCUCUCUAAGCGGCUGUCGAAGACUCGCGUCGAGUGCGAUGCCAUCACCAGGAAAAUAAAAACGGAAGCCAAGCGGUUUAAACUGUUUUUCGAAAAGAUCGCCCCAAAGAUUUCCCUUAGUGAUUCUCCACUAGACCUCAUAUCCACGCUGUCGGCGCUGCUCAGCUCGGACAUCGAGCUCUUGGCCCUAGAUCUGCAUACUUUGCUGGGCAGCUAUCCGUCGCUCAACGAGGACCAUCUGGUUCGGCUCUUCUACAUCCGGAACGAUGUGAAGGCGGCCGAGGUCCGCGAGAAGGUGCAGGAUGCCAUGAAGUCGAAGAAAGCCAUGGUUAGCAUUGCGAAACAGGACUGUAUCUUCAAAGAGAUUGUGUUUAGCGACAAACUAUGGUAGUCUUAGGAGUCCACUUUCUGACCCAUUCCGCAUAACACUUACUCAGUAUAUACUCGUCUAUUCUUAUAAGCUUGAAUUGUAAUAUAUACAAAUAAUGUGCUUUAUCAACAAUAAAUUAUUAGAUAUUUACCCACAGAAAAGGUAA